AUGAUUGGAUCUCAUUCACCCACGCUAGGAUCGCCCCCGCAUGCCGGCAAUAGUACUUCCUCCGAUUUGCAGCGCCAACAGUCGGCGAAUGAGCUCGGCACGGGGGAUCUCCUCCAGUACGUCGUCGAUCACGUCAAUGAACUCCUUAAUCGCAACUACUCUCUCGUCGACUUCGAUUCCUUAAGCCCGGUAAAGCUCCUCCAGGUUGUCGACGACGUGUUUGCGACGUUGCAGCCAAGCCUAAAGAUGGAUCUUGAGUCACUCUCCUCGGCGCAAUAUAUCCCCAUCCUGACGGAUUUUCUCCUCAAGCCCCUUGGCUAUCGCGUGCCGCCGCUUAUUCAGAGCACCUUCCACGCGAGCUUCGCGAAUGCGGAGCCGACGGUGAUUUACCCCAUGCUCUACUGGGUUCUCACGCAUAUGGAAAUUAAUAAAAAGCGGGUGUACCUCGCCCGGUUUCUACAGCCGUUGGAGAUCCCGGAUGAUAUUCGCGCGCAGGAUGAGGAUGUGCGGGGGCUAUACGCGCAAUACCAGCAGCUUCGCGGGGCUUUUAUCCAAACCCAUCGCCGCGUCGACGCGCUGCACUCCGCCUUUACGGACCCGCAGGAAACACGGCGAAAGGUUGCCGCCCUCGAGGAGGAGAACGUGCAUCUGAAAGAGUACUUGCAAGCCGCGAUGAAAAAGCUGGAAAAUGUUCGCGAUAAGGAUCUCUUUUUGUCGGAGAGCAAAUCUCUCCGAGCGGCGCAAGAGGAAAGCUCCAAGCUGGCUGAGAAGUUCGUGGAGCUCCAGCAGUCCAUGCUUUACGCGGAGGCGCGUCGGACGGAGAUCAGCAAUAGCCUACAAUGCCUUCGCCGCGACGCUGCGGAGGGUCGCGUGGAUACGAUGAUUCGCCGCAUGAAGGACGAAAUCCAAACCAACAAGAUCAAGCUGGAGGAGCAACUGCCGCUCGAGCUGGAUGCGAAGCAGAAGGAAAACGAGGAGCUCCGCAAGCUCCUCUCGGAGCCACUUGACAUGACGAUUUUGACGAACGAGAAUCAAAAGCUGGAGGAUGCCCUACGCAACCUCAAGAAUAAAAUCAAAGAGCGCUUGCUCCCUAGUGAGGACGGCUCCUCAAUCUCAACCAUCAAACAACAGGUGCAGCGCGUGAUCGCCCAUAAGAAGGAGGUGUUGGAUGAGCUAAGCAGUUGGCAAACGAAUAGGAAUAAGGUUCUCGACAGCAUCCGGGAGCGGGAGGCGCACAUCACCCAGCUUCGUAGCGCGAGUAACAUGAUUAGCGAGGAUGAAUUUCGAGAGUUUUUCACUCAAAUUCGAGUCAAGAAGGCGGUUACCGAAGGGGUGAAACAGCGACUUACGGAACUGCACGCGGAGUGGGGGACGCUGGUCUUCACCAAGGAGCUUCUCCAAGGGAGGUACAAGGAGCUCGAGGAAACAAUUAGAGACCUGGAGAGCAAAAUGGGCCUUCAAGGCUACGGCCGCACAGUGGAGGUGCUUUCGAAGCUCACCCAAGAGAAAAAUGUCAUUGAAGGGAUGAAAGGCAAGACGCUGGAGGAGCUCUCACGCGUGGUGCAGGAUUUUAAUCUCGCGAUUCGUGAGGGCCGCAAUCGGCUCGCGCCAUUGAUUAACGAGCUUCGGGUCGUGCGGCAGACCGCGGCGGAGGUGGAUGAGCAGUGGAAUGCGAAAAAGAUGACCUACGACCAUCUCGAGGGUCUUUUGACGGAGAACAUGCGCAACCUCGACGAACAGGUAACGCGCGUGAAGGAGGAGGUAGCGGUGAAUGAGUCCAUGUAUCACCGUAUUCAUUGCCAGAACACGUUGCAGGAUGCGCGGCGGAAGCUUGUGCACGACGAGGGUGAAUUCCGCGCUGGUACUGGCGCUUCUCUUGAUCGCCACUUUAAAUCCUAUACCGAGUACUUUACGCAAACGGCUCGCAAUUUGGAGGACCGCAUUAAGUGGCUGCAGGUUAAACACCGUGAUAUCAACGAAAGCUACACCUCUGGUGUGCAGCAGGUGGAGUACUUCACCAACCUCAAGAAUCUUCUCAGCGCGAAGCAGGCGUCGUUGAACUCGGAGGAGAAUGCCAACGGUGGUAGUAGGAACAACCUGGAUAUAGAUAUUCAAAAUGUCAUGGGGUCGCAGCGGAAUAUGGGAUUUGACAGGCUGGUGUUGAACUCCAACUAG